GGGGCGCUCCGCAGGGGAGGAGCGGAGCCCCCGGUGCCCUCCGCACCAUGCCCGAGCAGCUCAGCGUGGCCGACUUCUUGGCCGUUGCCAGCGAGGACCUCGGUUCCCCGGCCGCCGCCUUUGCCUCCAAGAUGCAGAAGUGCCGGGGGGCCGUGGGGGCUCUGGAGGAGAGCCUGGAUGGGGACCAAGCUGUGCUCCAGAGGAUCAGGAAAUAUGUGAAAGCUAUUCACAUCUCCGGGCUCACCCACGUGGAGAAUGAAGAACAGUACAGUGAGGCCCUGGAGAACUUUGGCAACAACCACCUCUCCCAGAACAACCAUGAGCUCUCUACCGGCUUCCUAAACCUGGCGGUCUUCACCCGUGAGGUCACUGCACUCUUCAAGAACCUGGUGCAGAACCUGAAUAACAUCGUGUCCUUCCCCCUGGACAGCCUGUUGAAGGGGCAGCUGAAGGAUGGCCGCCUGGAUUCCAAGAAGCAGAUUGAAAAGGCCUGGAAGGAUUAUGAGACCAAAGUGGGAAAGAUGGAGAAGGAGAAGGAACGAGCCCGCGUGGCCGGGGUCAUCCAGGCCGAGCCAGCAGCAGCGGAGGUGGCCGAGGACAUGCAGAAGGAGCGGCGGCUCUUGCAGCUCCACAUGUCUGAGUACCUGCUAAAAGCCAGAGAGUCUCAGAUGAAGCAGGGACCAGAUUUCCUGCAGAGCCUCAUCAAGUUUUUCCAUGCUCAGCACAAUUUCUUCCAAGAUGGCUGGAAGGCUGCCCAGAAUCUCUACCCCUUCAUUGAGAAGCUCGCCGUGUCCCUGCAUGCGCUGCGCCAAGCACAGGAGGAGGAGGUGAAGCAGCUCACGCAGACCCGUGAUUCCCUCCGCAACAUCCUGCAGCUGGAGAACAAGGAGGAAAACUUGAACAGGAAGAACUCUGGCAGCGGCUACAGUAUCCAUCAGCACCAAGGCAACAAGCAGUAUGGGACAGAGAAGUCAGGAUUCCUGUACAAGAAGAGUGAUGGGAUCCGCAAAGUGUGGCAGAAGAGGAAGUGUGGUGUGAAGUAUGGCUGCCUGACCAUCUCCCACAGCACGAUAAACCGUCCCCCUGUGAAGGUGAACCUCCUCACCUGCCAGGUGCGGCCCCAUGCCGAGGAGAAAAAAUGCUUUGACCUGGUGACACACAACAGGACAUAUCACUUCCAAGCAGAGGAUGAGCAAGAGUGUGUUGUGUGGGUCUCAGUGCUGCAGAACAGCAAGGAUGAAGCCCUGAGCAAUGCCUUCAAGGGGGAUGGGGGCAGUGGCGGGGUGGCAGCAGGCACUGGGGUGGACGGCGGCAUGCAGGAGCUCACCAGGCUGGUUAUCAGUGAGGUGAAGAACAUGCCAGGAAACAAGCAGUGUUGUGACUGCGGUGCCCCAGAUCCCACGUGGCUCUCUACCAACCUUGGCAUCCUGACGUGCAUCGAGUGCUCUGGCAUCCAUCGGGAGCUGGGUGUGCAUUAUUCCCGCAUCCAGUCCCUCACUCUGGAUGUUCUCAGCACCUCUGAGCUGCUGCUGGCUGUUAGCAUUGGGAACACUCGUUUCAAUGAGAUCAUGGAGGCUGCACUACCCACACAGGACUGUCCCAAGCCUUCAGCCAGCAGUGAUAUGGCUGCGCGCAAGGAAUACAUCAUGGCCAAGUACAUGGAGCGACGCUACGUGCAGAAAAGCAGCCAGGACAACCCCCACGGCCUGUGGGAAGCCAUUCAAGCCCGUGACCUCCUGGCCCUGCUCAAGGCCUUUGCCGAGGGGCAUGACCUGACCAAGCCCCUGGCCAGCCCUGAGGGUCAGGAUGCAGGCGAGCUGCCGCUGCACGUGGCCGUACGCCAUGCCGACAGAUCAUCCCUUCCCUUGGUGGACUUCAUCAUUCAGAAUGGGGGAACGCUGGACCGAGUGACACAGAAUGGGAACACGGCCUUGCACUACGGUGCACUCUAUAACCAGCCCAACUGCCUCAAGCUGCUUCUGAAAGGGAAAGCCACCUUCACCACAGUGAAUGCGGCAGGCGAGACAGCUCUGGAUGUGGCGAGGAGGCUGAAGUACAGCGAGUGUGAGGAGCUGCUGGAGCAGGCGCAGGCAGGGAAGCUAUCUCUGCAGAUCCAUGUGGACUAUGACUGGGAGCCCCUAUCAGAGUUGCCCUAUGACAGUGAGGAUGAGCUGGAGGAGAAGGUGAGCCCCCUCCAGCGCUCCUUCAAGGGCACAUCACCACUGGCCGCCAGCUCGCUGCCUGCCUGCCCCCAGACCCGCUGGAGCUGCAUGGGAAUGGACAUCACCAACAAGACCUACGAGAGCAUCCUGGUGCCCUCGCGCACGGCGCCCCGCCGGGCUCACAGCGAGGAGAUCCCCCCGCCACUGCCCCUCAAAAACCCUACGCGGGGCAGCUCUCGCCCCAAACCCAGCCACAGCCCCACCGGUGAGUUGGAGGAGGAGGUCAUCACGGUGGGGCUGUGCCUUCCCCCAGAGACCAAGUUUGUUCUCCCCAUUGCGUGUGUCCCCCCAGAGCGCCCUGAACUGCCCCGGCAGGCAUCGGAUCCCCACUGCUCUGGGCCAGCGGAGGCAGCAGCACCACACAGCCUGCCCUGUGCCAGCAGCACAGGUGCCCUGGAUGGCACUCCCAGCACCCGCAGCCCCACCGAGAGCCAGUGGGCAGCCUACUGGGAAACCCGCUCCGAGACGGACACGAGCAGCAGUCGGCGGGGGCCAGAGCUGAGUCCCCCACCCACACAGCCCCUGCCAGGCAGCGCAGUCCCUGACAUCCCCCCUGUCAAGUUUGGCUCAGAGAGCACCCGCUCGUACCGGCGCAUUGGUGGCAUGGUGGGCAAAAUGGGAUCAGCUGGGUCCCCCCAGAGCCCUGGUGGCCCUGAGGACCCUGCUGUCAGCAAGCUGCCCCCUGUGCCCAUGCCCAGAAGAUUUGCUCCGGCCAAGAGGAGGCAGAAGCGAGUAAAGGCAGUGGCUGACUGCAAGGGAGACAAGGCACGAGAGCUGACCUUCUCCAAGGGGGAGGUCAUCGUGGUGACACGGGAGGAGGACGAGCAGAUCUGGGUUGGCUUCAUCGAGGGUGAUGGCUCCCGUACUGGAGUCUUCCCUGCCAGCUUCGUCCACCUCUUGCAAGACUGACCGUUUGGGGGUGGCCCAUUUGUCACUGUCCCAUUGACUGGGAGUAGAGCCAGCUCCCUGCUAGGGGCUUGGUAGAGCCAGGCCAAAGGGACAUGUGCCCAGGAUCCUGGCAUGAGACCACUGCCCUCCAAGGGGGCCCUGAGAUCCCCUGCACUGGGAAAACCGACCAUGGAUGGCAGCAGUGGGGGGCUGAGGAGCAGAGAAUGGGCAUGCUUGCUGCACUGGUGGGCUGAAGUUUCUGUGCCAGCCCCUGCUCCCGCUGCUCUUCUGUCAUUCCUGUGGUCUCUGCCCAUCACUUGGGUUUUCUUCUUCCUUGUCUGCAAGGAAUUUGGGAUGGGGGAGCUGUAUUUGGUAUCCCCUACCCUCUGCCAGGUAGUCAUGAAGCCUCCUCCUCAUCCUGGGGCAGCCAUGGACCACCAGCCUCCUCCUGUACCCCAACUGUGAAGCCUUUGGGAUGGGCAAGAAAUAGGAGAGGGGUUUUUUUUUUGUGUCCAUCCCCCACCCCAGGUUCUGGGAGCUGCCUGGACUGGUGGAGUUCAGGGAUGCUGCAAAGCUUCUCCAAAACUGGUAGCAAAAUGCCAUUCCUUGAUUUGGAGGGCAGGGGAUGUUUCAGGUGCUACCACAGAGCCCCUGCCCCAUGUCCCUCAAUCACUGCCCCUUCCCUGGGGGGGGGGGGGGGGGGGUCUCAGAGGGGGUUUUGCAACUUUUUCUAGGACCUGCAAACCCCUGUAGCAGUGUCCCCUGGGAGCCACCUGCCUCCAUACCCCCUCGCUUUACCCUUCUCAUUUCUGUGUCAGAUGCUUCAUCUCAAAAAAAAGUCUUUUUUAAAGUCUUUUCUGUCUGAUUUCUAAUAAACCAUCAUUUUUUAAGCACC